UAGGAACGUUUCUGUUCCAUGCGUCUUAUAUAAUCAGUAAUGGCAGUGAUAUUCACCCAAUCAUGCUCAGCCAAUCAUAUAGUUAGGAUUCAGAGGAUCCCAAACUGCUGCCUUACCUUAGGCAUAUAAAGCACUCUUACGCCGCCUUUCCCCAACUUAUCUUUUUCAUCCUUUAGCUACCCCUUCACUUUUAGUCAUCAUUAUAACCCACCCCUGACAACUAUAAUAUAUACCCAACCCUAGGUAUACAACCCGCCCAGAUACCUAAGCAUGUCUCUCUCAAGCCUGCCUCCCGAGACCCUGUCUUUAGUCCUAGAGUUCCUCGCAGACGAAGACUUGACCUCUCUCAUACUUGCCCAACGUGUAUGUAAGCGCUUCCAAGCAACCAUAGAACGCAUCCUAUUCCAGCUACCCUUGAGGAGGGCAUGGGACGGAACCAACCCAAUCGGUGUCUGUCCUCUCCUCUUAGGCAAGUUCAGCCACCUAUUCGUGAACGGAAAACGUGAAUUUAGUCCUGACGAGGGCUGGAAUACUGGGAUACCGUUCCGUCGUUUACCAUGGGCUGCUAAGCGCCAGGCGGAUGGAGCAGCAGUGAAAGCGGUUGCGAUGCAGGACUCGCCGUACUUACGCCGUGAGGCAAGCUGGCGUCGUCUAAGCGUAACGUUCGGCGCGGGGCCAAGCGUUAGGUCGGUAGAUGUGAUAAAAGUGCUGACCGUGUACGGCGGGACGAGCAUGGAGUACAAGCAGCUCGAUAUCCCACCGCCGUUGUCUGAGGUAUCCGGGAACGCUGACGAGAGCGUGGAAGAGGGCAGAGAGGGUAUCCUGACUAUGGGCCUGCUCUACGACCUGCUCGCGUCAGGCGUAGGCCACAUGGGCCAAAUAACGACGAGUUGGCAGUUCCUACCCGGCAGCCGGCUGGGCAGCUACAACGACUGGCAAAAGCUGCGACUCCAGAACCGAUACCCGGAUGUCAAGCGGAUCAAGGAGCUGUUUGUUAAAGACAAUGAGAGCGCGGUGUUGUUUGUUACGGGACACAGGGGAUGCACGAUGGGCAGGCGUAUGAGAAGGAAGAGUUGCAGUGAGGAGGAUAAGGUGUGGGAACCCAAGGUUAUUGGCGGCAUUCCGAUUAAGAUACGGUCAUGGCAAGAACCAUCUCCAGAUCGCUUCUCGAGGACGUAUGAGAAUAAAGAUAUGAGAGAGGAGAGAAGGGCGCAAGAGGCAUAAGUUAACGUAUUAGGUAACUUACCUAGAUACUACAUUUUCUUAAUCCUCCAAGGUCAAAUAGGGGUAUUCUAGUUCAUACAAGCUAAUAAGGACCACUUUUUCAUUUUUGCCGUGUAAGCCUAAAGGCAUGGCCAAUUUUACCGCUCAGUCUUACUUAAGCCUCGGCCGGCCUCCGGAGACGAGUCGGGCUUUAUUCCCGUUAGCGGGUCCGGGGUGAACCGGUCUCUUGAACUUUAAACGG